AUGAGUCAAUUUUCUACUUCUGGUUCAUCUCAACUCACUUCGAGAACUACUCGCAGAGGUGUUCCGAGUAGAUGCUGGUGUGGUGACGAGAUAACUACCUUCACUUCGAAGACAGAUGAAAACCCGUAUCGAAGAUUCUACAGAUGCGUUAGGGGCGUUCUGGAUAAAAAGGAAAAACACCCAUUCAUUUGGGUUGAUGAUGCUCUUCUAGAGGAGAUUAGAAUGGUUGAAAGCAAGCACAACCAACUCCUAGAAGACGUCAAUGAUUUAAAGAAGAUGGUCAUGGAGAAUGUAGAGCUUCAAAAUAAGAUGGUGAAGGAGAUGGAAAGAGAGAUGAACAAGAUGAAGAAUGAGAUAAUUGAGCAAAAGCUGAAGGUACCAAAGGAGAGUACGGAGAAGGCGAGCAUGAAAUCAGUUUCUGUACUCGUGGUUGUGGUGGUUUCAAUGGCGUGGCUUUGUCGAAAGGUUUUGUGA